AUGCAACAAGAUAUGCAAAAUGGUGGACCAGGGAACACCAUCUCCAAUCUAUCUUCGGCGCUUCGUCAAGUGAAUCUGGGCAACAGUAACACCACCACUGAUCAGAGUAAUAUUUCCAUUGAUUUCAAUCAGCAACAGUUAUUGGAAGAAGCGAACCAAGGUUCCAUUAACGCUUAUAACGCUCAGCAGCAACAGCAAGAACAUCUACAACAACAAGCACAGCAACAACAGUUACAUAUGCAACAACUGCAGCAAGCGCAACAGCAACAGGCACAGCAACAAGCACAUCAGCAACAACAGCAAGUACAUCAGGUUCAACACCAACAUGUACAGCAAGACCACAUGCCAAUAGGACAGUCACAACAGCAAGCGAUGUAUCAGGGUCCAAAUCCGAUUGACAGCUCUAGAAUUACUAAGUUUUUUCAGAAUCAACCUAUGGAAGGUUACACUCUAUUCUCGCAUAGAUCGGCACCGAAUGGGUUCAAAGUGGCAAUUGUAUUAAGCGAAUUAAAUAUGCAUUACAACACAAUCUUUUUAGAUUUCAACCUUGGAGAGCAUAGGGCACCUGAAUUUGUUGCCAUAAAUCCGAAUGCUCGAGUCCCUGCCCUCAUUGAUCAUAACAUGGAAAACUUAUCGAUUUGGGAAUCAGGUGCAAUAAUUCUCCACGUUGUAAAUAAGCACUACAAGGAAACAGGCAAUCCAUUGCUUUGGUCUGACAGUCUUGCAGAUCAAGCUCAAAUAAAUGCGUGGUUGUUCUUUCAAACAUCAGGUCACGCUCCUAUGAUUGGACAGGCAUUGCAUUUCAGAUACUUCCAUUCCCAAAAGGUAAAGAGUGCUGUUGAUCGGUAUACCGACGAGGUUAGAAGAGUAUAUGGUGUGGUGGAAAUGGCAUUGGCCGAAAGAAGAGAAGCCUUGAUCAUGGAUCUAGAUUCAGAGAAUGCGGCUGCCUACAGCGCAGGUACUACUCCUUUAUCUCAAAGUAGAUUCUUUGAUUAUCCUGUAUGGCUUGUUGGUGACAAAAUCACUGUGGCAGAUUUAUCAUUUGUACCAUGGAAUAAUGUUGUGGAUAGAAUCGGAAUUAACAUCAAAGUCGAAUUCCCAGAAGUCUACAAAUGGACUAAACACAUGAUGAGAAGACCGGCAGUUAUUAAAGCAUUACGCGGAGAGUAG